AUGUCACUGACUCGCUCGUUGCUGACUGCUCGAUCCGUGCGCCUGUCCGGUGCCUCUGCUGCGGCGGGUGCGGUGCGCUACUCGUCCGUGUGGAGCGCGGUCAAGCAAGGUCCUCCCGAUGCGAUUCUUGGCAAGUUCACAGCUUGGAGUCGACGCUGCACGUGAUAAACUGAUAUCUUUGAAAGUGUAUUAACCCCCUUAUGACUUUCCACAGGUGUGACCGAGGCAUGGAAGGCGGACAAGGACCCCAAGAAGAUCAACUUGGGCGUCGGAGCUUACCGUGACGGCGAGGGCAAGCCUUACGUACUCCCUUCCGUUCGAGAGGUCAGUUCAAACAACAUGGACUCCUCGUUUUGCACUGGAAUGGACCGGGUGGGAGAAGCAGGGUCUAUGGUGCCUUGCGCAGUAGCGACUCCGACGCUGCACCCGCGUCCUCACUCCUCAAGCCCGGCAUGUCAUGAUCGCCGAGUAAUUAGCCGGCGCCGCUCAGGGCUGUUGGCGAGAGCGACUUGACUCAGGCCGAGCAAGCGCCGAUAAAGAUCGACAUUUCUCUGUGUCACCUCAGAGACUGAUCAAAGUUCAUAUCUUCAGGCCGAUGAACGCAUCCUCGCUCAAAAAUACGACAAGGAGUACCUUCCCAUCACCGGGUUCCCCGACUUUACCAAGCACGCCGCCCUGCUCGCUUACGGCAAGGACUCGGCUCCCCUCAAGGAAGGACGCGUGAGUGAUGUGGUCCAGAGCAUCAUGAGUGCUCAAGAAUGUGGUCCCUUAUCAAGAACCGACCUACCUCGUCAUAGAUCGCCGUUACGCAAUCCAUCUCGGGCACGGGCGCGCUCCGUAUCGCCGGCGCCUUCUUGGCCCGUCACUACCCUCACGCCAAGGAAAUCUACGUCCCCGCGCCGACUUGGGGUAACCACAUCCCCGUCAUGAAGGACUCGGGCCUCGAGGUCAAGUACUACUCGUACUACGACAAGAAGACCGUCGGACUUGACUUUGAAGGGCUCAAGAAGGACAUGCAGGUUCGUUGCGGGUGUUGACGUAUGAAGGAUUAGAAGGACUCUGUUCCUCGUGAACUGAUCACACUGUGACCCAAUGGUGAUGUUCAGAACGCACCCAACAAGUCCAUCUUCUUGCUCCACGCGUGCGCGCAUAACCCCACCGGUAUCGACCCCACCAAGGAGCAGUGGAAAGAAAUUUCCAACAUCAUGAAGGAGAAGGAGCACUUCCCCCUCUUUGACUCGGCUUACCAGGGUUUUGCCACGGGGUAAGCAACUGGCUUCUCUCUAUCGUGAAAAUUAGGGGUGCUCAUAUGAAGUCCUUUUCGUCCGAUCCCCACAGCUCGGUCGACACCGACGCCUUCGCCCUCCGCCACUUCGUCUCCGAGGGCCACUCCCCCGCUCUCUGCCAAUCCUUCGCCAAGAACAUGGGUCUGUACGGUGAACGCGUCGGCGCCUUCUCGAUCGUGUGCAGCUCCGCCGAGGAGAGGGCCCGCGUCGAUUCGCAGAUCAAGAUCUUGGUGCGACCCAUGUACUCCAACCCCCCUGUUCAUGGCGCGCGUAUUGCGGGAACGAUCUUGAGUGAUCCUAAGCUCUAUGAACAAUGGUAAGUGGCGCGAAGGCAAUGAGAUGAGGUUGUGCAGGAAGGAGUGUGUGGAGCUGAUUGGGGGGAAUGGUAUUCCGUUCAAUAGGCUCGGUGAGGUCAAGGGCAUGGCCGACCGUAUCAUCACGAUGCGAUCACAAUUGUACGACUUGCUCCAGGAGCUCGGGUCCAAGAAGGAAUGGGGCCACAUCAAGUCCCAAAUCGGAAUGGUAAGCUCAUCUUUCACUUCCCAGGACCCUUGGCUUUCUCCCAUGCUGACCCUCACCGAACGCUUUCCCACAGUUCUGCUACACCGGUCUCACGCCCGAACAAGUCGAGAAGCUGUCCAAGGAGCACCACAUCUACCUCACCAAGGACGGUCGCAUCUCCGUCGCCGGCGUUACCCCGCACAACGUUCGACACUUGGCCGAGUCAAUUCACGCCGUUACCAAGUAG